UGGGUGCGUGUCACGGCCUCCCUCCCCCGUGUUUAAAAUCCACCAGAAGGCUGCUCGUGAAGAGGGAGGAGAGCGAGCAGGGAGCGGAGCGAGCAGAAGCCUUGCAGCAGAAGGAGCGCCGUUGGCCGCAAGGUUGAUCCCAAAGGCUGAGAGUUGUUGAUCACCUCUUUCCUGUUGACAUACCAGAGGACAGCCACACCAUGUCAUCUGACCAGACUUCUCAGGCCACUGUGCCACCUCUCCACUCUCCAAAGUCACCUGUGUGGCCAAUUUUCCCUUUUAACAGAGAGGGAAGCCGGAUCUGUGAGAGAGGUGCCCACCUUCUUCGAGACUUACCCAGCCCACUUCCCACAAAAAGAACCAGGACAUACUCUGCGACGGCUCGUGCUUCCGCUGGUCCUGUCUACAAGGGUGUAUGUAAGCAGUUUUCACGCUCCCAGGGCCACGGCUUCAUCACCCCAGAGAGUGGCACAGAGGACAUAUUUGUACAUGUGUCUGACAUCGAGGGGGAAUAUGUUCCAGUAGAAGGAGAUGAGGUCACAUACAAAAUCUGCCCCAUCCCACCAAAGAACCAGAAGUUCCAGGCUGUGGAGGUGGUGCUUACCCAUUUAGCUCCACACACAAAGCAUGAAACGUGGUCUGGCCAAAUAAUUGGAUCGUAAACUUCUUUUUGAGCCUGCAGGACAACCCCACCGAGGAGGUGGGGUUGAAUGGUGUGGUGGGUGGUGGAACUGCUGGAGCAAUGGGAGAGAGCCCAGGCUGGCAAUUCUUGUUUGCAGUGUGACAUGUUGGCAUUUAUGUUGUCUUUUCUAAGAUUUACCUUUUGGUUUGUAGCUGUGCUUUUUUUCCAAAAUGGGAAGCAGGAAGUGGAAAAGGGUUGCUGGGUGGAUUUUCUCCUAUGUCUCAUGAGCUCAUAAUUGUACCUGAAUAGGCAAAGGAAGAGCUCUGGGUUUUUUUAUUUGGUGUGUGUUUAUCCAGAAAGGCAGACUGGUAUUUGUCUCGCUGCUACCUUAAAUGCAUUAACAAAAGUCUUAUCUAUUGUGCUGCUCCGUUUAACAAAUUAUCCCAUUGCUUUUUCAACGGGCUGGUCCAGGCAGUCCAUCCAGGGAAGUUUGCAUUAAGCUCUGUUGUUCUUCCCAGCCAGAGCAGGUAUUAAGAGAUGCAGUAAUAUUUUGUAGGGGGAGACAAUUGCACAUUGCCUGAAGACAGUGUCUCCCAGAGCCCCACACAGAUUGUGCCAUCUUCAGAGACACAUGUAGGUAUGUGCUUUUUGUCCCAUCUUGUCCCCCUACCCCUACCCAGCCACCUUGCCCUGUGUAAGGGACCACAUGACUUGCACUCCUCUCCCUAAGUCCACUGAUGUCGCUCUUGUUGUCUGUUGAGAUCAGUGGUUUGGCUACCACAGCUAGGCAAACUUUGGCAACCAGAUUACUGGUUUGGUGACAGGUGCUGCUUCUCCCCCACCCCAACACCACCCACGCACACACACAUAAUUGCAAGUUGGAUGUCUAGUAUCUCAAGGAUGUUGAGCAAGUAGAGAGCAAGUAGAAUGCAUCACUGAAGAAGCAGUUUCUGAAAACUAUCAAGAUACAUGAAGUCCCUCUCUUGAGUGGUAUCCACAACUGAAUUUGUCAGAUCUUUCUGAUAUGGCAUAAAAUAAAUUACUUUUCUUACUCAGUCCCCUGACUGAACCAGGAGACAAGAAUUCAGGGGUUGGGGAUUUGCGGUUAACUGGGCACUGGGCAUGAUCAUCAAUGUGAACUUGCGAUCAUAAGCUGUCUUGGAAAUGUCAGAUCCUGUGCUGCUUCUAUUUGUCCAAGGCAUGAUGCGAGUUACUUUGUGCCAGAAGCUCUGAGUAUUAAAUUCUUUGGUAUUAUGCGGCAGUUUAGGUACCUAAUCCUUCAGUUAAAUGAUGAAUACACAUUAUUGUGAAAAAUGCUGGUCUGUUGUUCUCUGUGCCAUUGAUACGGGUUUACUUCAAUAGCAGAUCAUUCUGAAUGCUAUGUUGCAAGGAGUCUUCAUUUAAAUUCUGUUGAAAUCUUUCCCCCUUUGGCAGAUUCUUGCCAGUGGCUUUUUAUAAGAACAGAAAUCAGAAACGGGGGAGCCGGGAAAGAGAAUAAAUAUGUAUGGACACUAGAACAGGUUUUCUCAGGGUAAGGUGAUCAUUUGCUCAGACUAGAGGUACACAAGAGGGUACCCUUUAGUUGUUGUGGACUACCACUCUCAGCAGCCUCAGCCAGCAUGGCCAAUGGCCAGGGCUGAUGGGAGUUGUGGUUCAGAACACCUGGAGGCACUAUGCUGGUUACCCCUGCCUUAAGCAUAGCCAGUUAACGGAAGGCUAGACAUCCUUUUCAGUGUUGCAAAAUAUGUUCCUACAAAGUCUAAGAUUGGAAUCUUCUUGCAUUGGAUUACACAAACCAAUUGAAAAUCUGCAAAUAAUACUUGACCUGUCACUUUAAGUUCUUCCAUUCUAAUUGGACUCUAUGCUCUCCUGUACGUAGCAGUGGUUUGUUCCAGAAGGCCCCAGUUGUGCUCUGUAUCUCAUUCCCAGCUUGUUUCACUUUCCAGAUUUCUUGAUAGCAGUGAUGUGGUGGUAAGGCGUUUAUGGUACAGACAUACAAGCCCUGCUCAGACAUAGUCAUGGUCUUCCUGCCUUAACUACUGAGAUUCUCUCUCUGCCCCCGUCCCCCAUCCUGUUACUCCUAAAGUAAAUGCAGCUGCACUCUCUGAUGGCAGUGCAGUGUCUUAAUUUGCAACAUAAUGUAAUGCCAGAAGAAUCAAUACAUGUAUCGUUUUCCUAUUGGUUUCAAACAGAAGAUAAUAAGUUGGGAGAGGUUGACUUCUAAGUCUUCGCUAUUAGACUAUUACCCUGCUGACAUUACAUUUCCCACAUGUAUUAAAAUGUAAAUCCCCUCCCCAAGACAUUUGUCUUGCUUAAAAAUAAUGCAAUUAAAAACAAUACUGCAGAUGAAAGCGUUUUUGCUAGAAGAAUAAUCUAUUUUAACAUUUGAAACAGAACAGAGCCUCUGUGACGCAUCUGUUUUAUGCUCUUGGGCAAUGUAUGGUGGUUCUUGGCCGUGGAUGUUUGCUUUGAGAAUAGCAUUUUGAUUUUCUGCAUCUCCAGAGAUGUAGGCUUUAGUAUUGUCUGCAUGUGUUUGCGUUUCUGAAUGUUGCAGAUCAUGUUUCCUCAAGAUGGAUGUUUGGACGUUCUCCUACUCUUCCUACUAUUAUCCUAACCUGUACAUUUUGAUGGCCCUCUGUGUCCCUAGUUCUGUAGUUAAUGAGGGUCAUGUGCACAAGAGAUGGAGGAAUCGUGUAUCAAUCACAAGAUUCAUGGGCCAGUAAUUGAUAAUGGGCUCUAGUGGCAUUGUAUCUAGUUAUGUUUUGGUUCUUGUCCAGCCUUCCCCAAAUUUUACUUCUCUCCCCAGGAUAUACAGGGUCAUGUCUAAAGCACAAGCCUGAUUUCUAAUAGAUGUUCUGAGUAGAAAAAAAAUUCCCAGGAUAGGGUGUGCAUGUUAGGAAUUUGCAUGGUGUCAAUCAGUUGCUAACCUCAUUCUGAACAGUAAACUGGUAAGUCUAAAGCUUCUUGGGCAAUAUCAUAUCGGAUGUUGCUUGACCUUGCAGAGGGGCUGAACAUGCAUCGUGAAACUUUUGUAUGAUGCACUAGAAGUGUACACACCACUGUUGUAGGAGCUAAGAGGGGUGAUUAAGUGGCAAGUAUGCACGUGAGAGGCUUAAUUUGAGAGUUGGAAGGAGCCUGGUAGAUAGAGCCCAAAGUAUGCUGGAAUCGUGAGAAUGAGACUGGUACAAAAAGAAUGCUUUUUGUACUUGCGGUGCGUCUUCAGAGGCUUUCAUGUGUGGUGUGUGGCUGUUUAAUGCACACCGGUCCUCUGUGGUUCACAUCUCUGGGACUUCAGUGACGUUGGUCCUCUAUAGCAGCGUUUCCCAACCUUGUGGUCCAAAAACAGCCGGAGAUACAGUUGCUCUACAGUAUAGAGCAGAGGUGAGGAACCUUUGACCCUCCAGAUGUUGCAGAACUACAACUCCCUUCAGCCCUACCAAGCAUGGCGAAGGACGGGGGAGCUGUAGUUCAGCAACAUCUGGAGGGCCCAAAGGUUUCCCACAGGUGGUGCAGAAUUUGCACAGUUGGGUGCUGGAGUAUGACUGUGCAGCCAGCAUAGACUGCAUACUCUGCAAGAAACAGGUGUAUAAUGGCAUCCUGGUGUUCUCUAGCAUUAUAACAUCACACUUUUUUCUUCCUUUCCAGGAGCACUUCUCAUGUUCUCAGUUUAGCACUACAGUGGAACCUCAGGUUGCGGACGUAAUCCGUGACGGAGGCACACCCGCAACCCACAGCAUUCGUAAACUGCAGCAUUGCGUCUGCGCACGCACAUGAUGCGAUUUGGUGUUUCUGCGCAUGUGUGAGCGGAAAAACCUGGAAGUAACCCUUUCCGGUACUUCCGGGUUUCCAGUGGUCCGUAACCUGAAAACGCGUAACCUGAAGCAUUUCUAACUUGAGGUACCACUAUACAGUGUCAACCCAUGAUCACAGGAAAGUCUGUGCAGAUGCCCAAAGAGGGGAGUAUUUCCCUCCAUGUGUGCUGACAAUGCUGGAAGAUUAAAUGUAGUCCUGUUAGAACACUGGGGUUAUAUCCACACCAUACACUUAAAAGCACAUGGCUUCCCCCAAAGAAUCCCGAGAAGUGUAGUUUAAGGGUACUUGGCAUUGUAGCUCUGUGAGGAGGGGACUGCAUUUCCCAGGAUUCCUUGGAGGAAAGUGUAUGGUGUAGAUGUGACUUGAGUAGCUUCCAGUUAAGUAUGUGGGCUUUGGUUUCUAAAUGAAAUGAGGACUGGCCCUCCAGAAGGAGCACAUGGUCAGAUGGAUAUGUCUAGAAUGGUUUUGGGUUCAUCUACAGGUUAAACGAAAUCAUGAGUCUUUCUGGAACAGACUAAGCAUUGCAGGUAUAUUUUUGAAUAUAAACCCUACAUCUAGAAAAGAGUGCAUUGUUGAGAGGUUCUGACCUAACCCACCCCUGAUGUGCUACUUUCCACAUACAGGGAACCAAAAACGAUGACACCACCUCCUUGUACCUAUAUGUUGAAGGAACAACCUGGAAACUCUGACAAUGUGAAUUUUCUAAAUCUGUAGCAUACUAUUGCAAACACAACCAUGUGGUGUCGAAAUAGCACUAAAAAUGGCUGCCAACUACAUUCUAGGGAGGGUGUUGGUUUUCUCUUGCUUCUGAGACUAGUUCUUUCCAAGUUCUAAUCUGUUUCUGUGUCCUCCUUGGACUAAAAGGACAACAUCCAAAACUAUGUGUCUUGGAGCCAAAUUGUACAGAGGGGCUUCACCUCUGUAAUCGAGAUAAAAUGAGAGGAGUGAGGUGUUUAUUUUAAAGGCCUUUAAAACUCAGAUGCAUGUGCUUUUGACAUAGGCAUAGACACUGGGGAAGGAACAUGUUUUAGUUGUUCCCUCCCAAGGUGAACAAACAGCCCAAUGGAGGAACGAAGCAGGAAAAGGAAGCCAUUUCCCAUGGUGCAUCCAGACCCCUGUGUGUGACCUGCUUCCUGUGACAGCCAGAGGGACUUCCUGCUGCUGUUCUGCUUACAUUAAACACCAGCAGCUCCUCGCCUCUGCCCCUCCCCUUGAAGGUGCAAUAGCAGUGGAAGUGCCACAAAAUGGCAUCUUCUCUCUGGGAAAGCUUUUGAUUCUUUCUGAAAUAAUCUUUGUUACCUAUGGCGUGUCUGUGUUUUUACAACUUUUGGUGUGGUCCUUGCCUGUCUGACCCCGUGUUGACCUUUGUAACACCGGCAAUAAACCAUUAAAGUGACUUUCCCACAA